CGUUAAAAACUAAAGAAGAAGAAGACCGUAUGAAUUUGAGGAAGAACAGCGUGCUUCUCUGAGUUUGGAUGAAAACUGAACUUUAUCCACUCAGUAAUUGCUAAAAGAGCAUCAUAAGAGGAGGUAACAACAAAGACGGGGAGGCAGCAGCAGCUCAAAUGGUUGGUGGCGAGCUGCUGUCGGAGACAUUUCUGAAGAAGCUAAAAAGGGACAAAGAAAAUAACCUGCGACACAUCAUGGAGGCUGGUUUCAACCACAAGGUUCUGCUAGACGGGUUAGAUGUUAAGCAAAUGCUGAUGGUUAAAGAAGCUCCUGAAGACCACAGAUCUGUUGCUGAGCUGCAUGACCCAAAACCCCAGCAGAUAAAGGAGGAGCAGGAAGAAGUCUGCAUCAGUCUGGGGGCAGAGCAGCUUAAGGGGGAGGAGGAUAUUGAUGCCAUCAGGUUUCCAGUCUCUGCUACUCCGAUAAAGAAUGAGGGUGAUAAACAGUCCAUCCUGCUCUCACGGAAUCUUUAUAAAGACGAAAUUAAAGACAGAGAUCUUCCAAAAGAAAUCGAUGAGGAAGAAUCCAUCAAAAUAGAAAACUGUGGAGAUGGUUCUAUUUUCUUAAAGACUGAAGAUACUGAGGAUGAUGAUGUAAACGAGUUUACUUCUGAGUUAGAUUCUGGUCUGAAAACUGAGAACUUGCACAAUAACUGGAAGGAGAGAAGAGCUCCAGAAUCGGAUGGAAACAUUAACAAACCUUUUAACUCUUCUGAGUUUCCUGAACAAUUUGUUCACUCUUGCUCUCUUCAGACAGAUAUGACACAUUCAGAAAUGGGAUCUUCAACCACUGUGGGUAAUAAAUGUUUUACAGAGAAGAAAAAUGUGGACUCAAAAAGUAAGAUCCAGACAGGAGUGAAGUUGAGCUGUGAAUACUGUGCUAAAACAUUUUCUGGUAAAUACACUUUAAACACGCAUGAGAGAAUCCAUACAGGGCAGAAACCUUUUUGUUGUGAUCUCUGUGGACAAAGAUUUAACCAAAAAUCAACUUUAAACAGACACAUGAGAAACCACACAGGACAGAAACCUUUCUGCUGUGAUUUUUGUGAACAAAAAUUUAGCCAAAAAUCACAUUUAAUCAGGCACAUGAGAAACCACACUGGACAGAAACCUUUUUGUUGUGACUUUUGUGGACAAAGAUUUAGCCAAAAAUCACAUUUAAGCAGACACAUGAGAAACCACAAUGGAGAAAAACCUUUUGGUUGUGAUUUAUGUGGACACAAAUUUGGUGAGAAAUCAAAUUUAAAUAUACACAUGAGAAUCCACACAGGACAGAAACCGUUCUGUUGUGAUAUAUGUGGACAAAAUUUUGCCGCAAAAUCAAAUUUAAUCACACACACGAGAAGCCACACAGGACAGAAACCUUUCUAUUGUGAUGUCUGUGGACAAAAAUUUAGCCGAAAAUCACAUUUAAACACGCACAUGAGAAUCCACACUGGACAGAAACCUUUCUGUUGUGAUCUCUGUGGACAAAGAUUUAACCAAAAAUCUAAUUUAAACACACACAUGAGAAUCCAUACAAAAGGAAAAAAUGUUUAGCUAUGAAUACUCAAACUGCACGGCACUAGUUAGCUGUUGAACAUUAAUGACAACAUAGUUAUCAUUAAAGUCAAGAGUUUUCUCUCUGUGGUUUCAGUAUUAUCUAGAGGUACAUUUUUGUAUUUUAUUUCUUAAACGAUUAGUUGUAAUAGACUUUAUUUGAGAAAUAUUUAUUUUAGAUGCAAAAACAGUACAGUAAUACUGUAACGAUACUGCAGGUUGUUUAGUUUUUAGAGAUUUUAAGAAACUAUUGUCACACGAACGUCACUAUGUUGUUCACGCUGCAAUGCAUUUUGGGUAAAUGCCAUCUAUAGGUCCAACUGCACUAGCUCCGUCCAGCCAAACCAGCGAUGACAAACGUCAUUAAGCCUUUUUAAUUUGAACCAGAGCACGUUAAAAUCCAUUGGAGUGCAGAAAUCACAAGAGGUAAUGAAAAUGACUAGAAACAAACAGAUGAAGAGGACAGCGUUGGCUAUAGGAGCUCGUGUUUCGCUGUUGUUGCCACCUUCAGCAUCAUAAAUGAAACGAAUGAUACAUACCUCUUGUCAGACUGUGUGAUCCUGUAAGUACUUCUAACAACUGUUUGGUGUCGGUUGGAUCGGUGAUUUCAUAUUCGGUACCGGUGACAGGGUAGCUCCAUUAGCAUUUCAAAGAGCUUCCAGUUCUGCCUGUCUCAGCACGGUAUUUAUUUUUAGCUUGCAAAGGUAAUGAUCACCUAUUAGCCUUUGUCACUUUUGCUUGUAUAAAUGACACAAUGUCCUCUGGAAAGAAAUGUUGAGGGCAUACAUGUAGGUUCUUUGGAAGUUGCUGUCUCCCACUAUGCUCUUCUUUUUUCAUGUGGGAAAUUAUCCAGAUUCACCUUCCCUGCAUACAUUUAUUUGGUUCCUUAUUGGACAUUCAUGUCAACUUUUCUGGCCAGCAUUUUUUAAUACGGUCUGGAGAUCUGUCCUGUAACAAAAGAAAAUCUGGUAAUUGUGUAAUGUGAUGGUAAAUUAACAUCACAUUACACUAAUGUCAACACUAAUUAAGACAACCCAUGAUGUGGUAAACUAGAACGUCUUUGUGCUACAUAGCACCAACUACUGUUCAGGAAUGGUCCAGUGCUGUGUUAUGUUAAUCAUCUGGGAUGGUACUUGGGGAUCCAAUAACAGUGUGCCUCCAACCCUCUCUAGGUCCCCCGCUGUCUCCAGCACUACCUUGGGCCGAUUUCCUUGUAAUUUGGUUGUGUUGACUUAGGCUGUAGUUUGUAAUAAAAUCUUCGCCUUUUCCAACCAAA